AAAAUGGAAUGGCGACCUAAUUCAGUUUCUCAUGUAGGUUACUUUCUUGAUAUGUGAGCUCAUCGCAUAGUAAUAGAGUCCAUACCAAGCAAGUAGCCUAAUGGUUAUCGCGAUGAAAUAAUUUCAAGGCUUGUCGUUUUCAUGCAUGGCCAGCCACAUCAACGCGCAGCACAGCAAGCUAAUGAUCACCGCGGAUGUCAAGGAAACCACAUGUACACAUAACAUGACCAUUUCGUGGUAUGUGUGUGUGUCAUAUGACAUCAAAUCAUAUUUGACUUUCUCUGACACAUUCCAUCUAUAAAAUAUCAAGCAAGCACAAUGGCACCAGAAGGGAAAUCCGACAUGGAUAGAGUGGGGCUCUUCCAAGAAAUGGGCUAUAUUUCAGUUGGGGACAAAUAUAUUCCGUACACGUAUCGUGUAUUUAAUGAUUCGGCACACAAGAGCAAACAGAUGCAGACUUCCGGACCAAAGAAAAAGUCUGGACUGCAGGCUGGAUAUUUCGAUGCUCAUUUCAAGAGGAUCUUUGAAAGAGAGGCCCUGAAUGACCCAGUGAAGUUAGCCAGGCAGUGCAGGAAUCAGCAAUCCAAAAAGAAUAUUGGAAAGGCCUUUCUCCCAAGCAACGGAGAGAAAAGACCCUCAGGUGUUGGCAGUUACUAUGGCACCAUCGCUGGGCCUGUGGAAGCCAUGAGUGCCCAGUAUCACCCCAGAAAACCUUACAAAUCCCCUGGGAAGAACCUGUACACAAGCCCCGCCAAGAAAGGAAGCGGCUAUGGAUUUCCAAAUGUCACUCUGUCCAAACUUGAACUGUACGCGCCAGAUCCAUAUGAGAGGGCAAGGGACUUGCUUAAGAGGGAAAUAACGGACCACAAGACUAAGCUGAAGGGUGGACCCUUCCGUCUGAACCUCCAUCCCAAAGUCUUCUUCGACGGCAAUCCUUACAAAGUGGAGAAGCCUGUGCCACAGUCUAAGAAGACGGAGGAUAGAAAACAUCGCUUUGCAGUCCCCUUCAAACCAACCUCCCCAAGCAAAUCGAUGGGAGGUAUGAAGGCUGGAACAUUUGACAACUACCCCAGCCACUCAGCAGACCCUUAUGUCCUCCGCAAGCCAAAGCCCAUCGUCACAAACAAGGAUGGCAAGAUUUUCAGGCCAACCCCAGGUCCCAAGAGCACGCCAAUAAAAAGCAUCAUCACAGUCAAUGUCAACAGGAAGAUGAAUGCAACAAACUUCAACACAAUGCCACCUUUAAUGGUCUACUGAUGAUAAAAGUUUUCCAUGCUGGGAAAAUGGGUGCGUUUUGUUUUCGUAACACAAAUACUUUGGAAGAAGCUAUGGUUGGCAUUCCAGCAGUUACAGUGCAACAAGCUUGUCAAAGAAUGUUAUACAAAUUGAUAAUGCAUUUUCUUUUUAAAUGAUUUUUAAAAAAUUAUUCCAAUGUUGUGACUUUACAUAACUAAUUUUCAGGCACUUAACGAAUGGUACAACAUGACGUUUCAUACACUAAAUAACAGUAAAAGUGCAUUAGGGAACACUUCAAUAGUGCAUCUGUAACAUGUAAUAUUACUUUCUGUAUGUAGUACAUAUUGUUAUGGCAGACUUUGUUACUUCACAAUGUCUGACAUUGUGACAAAACUAUAAAAGUGGCUGCAAAAUAACGUGCAACAUGAAAAUGAUUAGUGUUUUACUAUUUGCUUUCUGCUGUUACAAUACAAUAUUGGUGCAUGGUUUUUGCAACAUAUUGGACUGUAGGGUGCUGUCUUGCUGAAACUUUAGGACGAAUGUUGGCUGCAUCUUACAU